GACAAAUGAUUCAUCGCGAAAACAAAAGCCGCUUGCAGUUGUGUCAAACGGCAUAAAGAAAGUAGUUUUUUGAUUACGACCAUGGCAGAUCCUCGAAUUCGUCAAAUAAAGAUUAAAACGGGUGUCGUAAAGAGGAUUGCUAAAGAAAAAGUAGUUUACGAGAAGGAGGCCGAGCAACAAAAGAAUAGAAUAGAGAAGUUAAAAGCUGAAGGACAAGACGAGCAUACCAUAAGAAAACAAGAGGAGGUUUUACAGGAGUCGCUUAUGAUGGUCCCUGACUGCCAGAGAAGACUGGCGAAAGCAUUUGCGGAUCUAAAAAGCACUCUCGAAACAGAACAAGAUCUAAAAGAAAGCGAAGAUUACGCAGCCGCUGAGCAAGUAUUAAAGGACGCGGAGUGCCAACUCUCCACAACAUAACUAUAUUAACUCUUCCUUUUAUAUUAGUUUUAACCCUUAUACAAAUCAUGUCUUAUAAUCGCUUUUACACAAAUUACCAAGGGGGCAAUGUUGCAUUCCAUGACUUCCGAUACCCUCCACCAGUUCACCCCGUGGCCUUCACCAAAGAAAUAUCUGAUGAGGAGUUUAUCAAGAAUUUUGAAUCAUUCAUUCCACAAGCUCCAGCAAGAAAAAAAUUCUCAGCUUCUAAAAUAUAUCCAAUAAAAGAAAAAUUGAUAUCAUUAGUUUCUUUGUACAACGACAUUCAGGAAGAAGAGAAGAAGUUGUCAGAAAGUGUAACAGAACUGACCGACAAUGAAUGGCAGUCGGCAUUUGAUAGCAUAAUGAAUAAAAAGAAUGGAAUUAAAGACCACAUUAGUGCAUUAUACAGCUCUCAGCUUGAUCUAGGAAAGAAACUCAUAGCCAAGAGAUUAGCAAAACGGCUUCGCUUAAAGAGACUCAAAGAAGAAAGAAAAAAGGAGAAGGAAGAAAUAAAGAGAGAAUUAGCAGAGAAAUCUAGAAAGAUCGAUGAGAACUU